AUGUACGAUGAGAACAGCAACGCAGCAGCAGCAGCAGCAGCAGCAAGCAGUACUUCUUCAACGGGUCUUAUGUCGCAGUUGCUUAAUGUUAAAGAUUCCAGAUGGUUACAGCUGGAGGUAUGUCGCGAAUUUCAAAGAGGUCAGUGUUCGAGAUCAGAUAUAGAAUGUAAAUUUGCACACCCACCUCCACACGUUGAUGUACAGAAUGGCCGUGUUACUGCUUGUUAUGAUUCCAUUAAGGGUCGAUGCACUCGGGAAAACCCAAAAUGCAAAUAUUUGCAUCCGCCACAACAUCUGAAGGAUCAGUUACUGAUAAAUGGUCGAAAUAAUUUGGCUCUCAAAAAUUUAAUUUGUACACAGUUGAAUCAGAAUGCAGCAGCAGCAGCAGCAGCAGCAGCUCCUGCUACACUUUCAACAAUGAAUCCAUUAGCGCAGUUGGUCGUCAGUGGUCAGGCUAGUCCUGCAGCACUCAAUGAUCAGCUUCUCAUCGUUCAACAACAACAGCAGCAAGCUGCCGCUGCAGCUGCCGCACAAGCUGCAACUUUAGUUCCAGCUGCACUUCCUUAUCAGUAUUAUCAGGGUAUCACCACCAUGUAUCCAACACUUGUGCCUGUUCCAAGCAGUGAUGCUGCAGCUGCUUAUCAAGCGUCCCUGGAAGUGGCAGAACUUUCAAGGAGCAUGAUUUCCGGAAUACGCCCGACACUUGUAUGCACAUUAAGUACAUACGCAACAAUAAGUAGUAAUUUGGUAGUUGAUAAUGAUGCGUUUCACUUCGUCUAA